CACGGUUGCCAGGAAACCGCGACGCCUUGGUCCCAGUCUCUAGAUCGUGCAUAGAUCAUGGCCAAAUUCGUGAUCGCGGGUAAAGCAAACUGCCCAUAUUAUGCUAAGGCUGAACUCCUGGCAGACUAUUUACAGAAGAAUCUUCCUGAUUUUCAGAUUUUUAAAAUCACACAGCAUCCUGAUGUGUGGGAGGAGUGGCUGGAAGAUGUUUGUGAAAAGAACAAGUGGGAUCACAACACCUCCCCCAUUAUCUGGAGAGAGCUGCUAGAUCGUGGAGGCAAGGGCUUGCUUUUGGGAGGGUACAAUGAGUUCCUGGAGCAUGCCCAGCUUUACUAUGGUGUCACUUCCAGCAUGACAACGGACCUGAUGAUGGUCGUUGCUAAAGAGAACCUGCAGGCACUUGAAGAAGAAGUGCUGGAGAAAGAAGUCCUGAAAGACCUCAUCAACCCUCUGCAGGUCUGGGUUGCCAGUGCAAGUGCCAAUUCUUGCUACCACCUCAUCCCCCUCUUGAUAAGUGGAGAAGUGUUUGGGAUGCACACGGAUAUCAGCCUGACCCUGUUUGACAGGGAGCAGAAGGAAAACUCCCUGAAAAGCUUAGUGUUGGAAGUUGAGGACUUGGCAUCACCCAUCCUCCACAGUGUCUCCUUCUGCACUAAGACGGAGGGCGCCUUCCUUCGGGCCCAAGUCAUCAUCAUCCUGGAUGACAGCACAGACGAGGAGGUGUACACCCUGGAGAGCUGUCUGAGAAGCAGAGUGCCACUGUGUCGCCUCUACGGUUCCCUAAUAGAGAAAAAUGCCCACGAGUCUGUCAAGGUCAUCGUGGGAGGGAAAACCUUUGUGAAUCUUAAAACAGCCUUGCUUAUGCAAUAUGCCCCUAACAUGGCACACAACAUCAUUGCAGUGGCGCUGGGGGUAGAAGGCCAAGCCAAAGCAACAGUGGCCAGAAAGAUGAAAACAACCUCGUCCAGCAUCAAAGAUGUGAUAAUUUGGGGCAACAUCAGUGGAAAUAACUACGUUGAUCUCAGGAAAGCAAAAGUUUACAACUAUGAGAGUGCUAUUUGGGGACCUCCUGGAUAUUAUCACUCUGUGUUAAGCCUGAUUUUUGACAGUCAGUGGAUAAAAAAAGAUUUUGUGAGGACACUUCAAAACUUAAGCAACACUGGAAAGGAGUUUGGAGGUAUUUUGGCUGCACACAGCAUAGCCACCACUCUGAAGUACUGGUAUCAUGGCUCACCACCUGGGGAGAUUGUUUCCUUGGGGAUAAUGAGUGAAGGCCAAUUUGGUAUUCCUGAAGGAGUCGUCUUUUCUAUGCCUGUGAAAUUUGAGAAUGGAACUUGGGUGGUUCUUACAGACCUCGAAGACAUUUCGCUGAGUGCACAGAUAAUAAAGAGACUCACAGAUGAUCUGAUUCAGGAGAAACUUGUUGCAUUUGGAGACGUAUUAACUUUCCAGCCCGUUCAAGAAGAACAUGAAGAGAGAAUACAGCCCCAUAAAGACCUCAAUGAAGAAAAAGAUGAAGCCGCGUCGGACGAGAUGGUUACAUCUUUCCAUGUUUUCUUCACUUUGCAGACUCCGAGGGAAAAAAUGAGUAUCAGCAGUAAUUUCUGCCAGAUCAAAUGUAAAGGAAUUGAAACUGUGAAUAAGCUGUUGGCUGCCCCUCAUCCAUCAUCCUUCCGCUGUGAAGCCUUCCGCAGAAAACACGGCUUCAUUUCUAGUUACAAGGACUGUCUUGCCAUCUGUCCCAUCAUCCCAGGAAAUCAAUGA